GUUUUUCACCAGCUGCAAGUCAAGCGAGGGGAUCCAAUACAUUGUUGCCUGGACUUUACUUUUUAAUUUUUUUGCACUAACCCAAGCAAACCUAUACUAGUCUAGUACCACGAUCAGAGAGCCAAGAUUAUUAUUGAGGCACGUCUCGUCGUAUCAUUUAACACUGGCUUAGCUUCGGUGUUAUAUUGCAACACUAAGCACGCAUUCCGCAUCUCCAUGCGUGUACGGGUUCGGCACGCAAAGGGUUAAAGUGUUAAGGCAAUUCAUAAAUAAGCAGGUGUCCUGUGCCAGUCCCAGACCAAUUUACGACUCGUAUUGUAAAGUCUUAAAUACUUUGUACACCUCAGCAGCAAUCCAUAACUGUCAUUUGGACUUAAGGCAGCGGGUGCCGGUCGGAGUGGGGGGGGGGAAAUAUUUUUCUUUUUAGUGAAGAAGUAGUUCUUCAGGCGGGUAUAAAUAGAGCUUAUUAAACGUGACUAUUAACAUUGUUCCAAGAAACUGAAAGGUUUUUAUACAGCUCUGAAGCCUCCCUGUGAACAAAACUAUCACAGCAGAGACGCACACGGUUUUAUUUACAUCUGAUUACAGGUGCAGUCCACCGAUUCUCGAAGUUUGGGUUUUUGUUAAUCGUAAGAACUGGAAAUGUGGUGGAUGCUUUUCCCCCGAUGGAUUUGGUUCAUUUUGGGGCAGUUAUUUGUCCUGCUGCUGGACAGUCGUGUAAAGAGCAUGGCUUUGCCAAGAAUCGUCUAUUCUCACGCUGGGAUCUGUCCGAACGAAAUGAACCCUAAUCUGUGGGUGGAUGCCAUGAGCACUUGUGUUCGAGAGUGCGAAUCUGACCAGGAAUGCGAGACAUUUGAGAAGUGCUGUCCUAACGUCUGUGGGAAUAAGAGUUGUGUGGCAGCCAGGUACAUGGAUGUCAAGGGGAAGAAAGGGCCUGUUGGAAUGCCCAAAGAAGCCACAUGUGCCCAUUUUAUGUGCACUCAGCAGGGCUCUGAGUGUGACAUCUGGGAUGGCCAGCCGGUGUGCAAGUGCAGAGACAGAUGUGAAAGAGAACCAAGCUUCACCUGUGCCUCUGACGGCUUGACUUACUACAAUAAGUGUUACAUGGAUGCAGAAGCCUGCAACAAAGGAAUCAUGCUGACUGUCGUAACCUGCAGGUACCAUCUCACCUGGCCAAACACAAGCCCGAUUCCCGUAGAGACCACUCGCCCCACUACUGCUAUUUUGGAGACAACAGUAAUUGAUGUUGUACUGCCUGCACUGAUCACCAAACCUGUGCACCAGUCAGUUUAUGUUGGUGAAACUGUGAGUUUUCACUGCGAUGUGGCUGGAAACCCCAAACCUGAAAUCACAUGGGAGAAACAAAUCGAUGGUAAAGAUAACAUAGUCAUGAGGCCUAACCAUGUCAUAGGCAACACUGUGGUCACCAAUAUCGCCCAGCUUGUCAUCUAUAAUGUUCAACAGCAAGACGCAGGCAUGUACACAUGCACUGCUAAAAACAUAGGUGGGCUUCUCCGAGCUGACUUCCCCAUGUCAGUGCUGAAUAAGGAACUUUCUAAAAACAGCAACCCAAGAAACAUCACAAACUUCCCAGCUGAGGAGUGUCUCAAGAUGCCUGACAGUGAAGACUGCGGGGAAGAGAACACAAGCUGGUAUUACGAUGCGAAGAAGAACAACUGUUUCACUUUUACCUACGGCAACUGUAACAACAACAUGAAUGAUUUUGAGACCUAUGAGUCCUGCAUGCUGUCCUGUGGGAGCGAGCUAGCUAACCCCUGUGGUCUACCGAGUCUUCAGGGUCAGUGUAAAGCCUACGAGCCGAGAUGGGCUUACAGCAGCGUCUUGAAGCAGUGCCAUUCGUUUAUCUACGGGGGCUGUGGGGGCAACAAGAACAAUUUUGAAAGCAAAGAGGCCUGUGAGGAAAUGUGCCCCUUUCCCAAGAACCAGUCAUGCAAAAUGUGCAAACCUCGGCAAAAGAUGGUGACAAGCUUCUGCAAGAGCGAUUUUGUCAUUCUGGGACGGAUGAUUGAGCUGACUGAAGACCAGGACUCUGGACAUGCCCUGGUGACAGUGGAAGAGAUCUUGAAGGAUGAGAAAAUGGGGUUAAAGUUUUUCGGUAAGGAACCUCUGGAAAUCACCCUGUUAAACAUGGACUGGAAUUGCCCUUGCCCCAAUAUAACAACAGCAGACGGGCAGGUGAUCAUCAUGGGCAAUGUCCAGAAUGGCAUGGCGGUCUUGCAGCCAGACAGUUUUGUUGGGGUGUCCAGUUUGAGACGUGUAAGGAAACUCCGUGAAAUCAUUCACAAGAAGACCUGUGACAUUUUAAAAGAGUUUCCAGCACUUCAGUAGUCUGAUAGAACCCCCUCUUCCUAAAAAAAAAAAAAUACACUACAGUUAUUAACACGUUACCAGU